AUGCACAUUUUCAGCUUGGCAGCAUCGAAAGAGGCAGCAGCCCGAAAAGCCACCACCCCAAUGCCCCCCUCUGAGUUUCUGGACAAACUCAUGGGAAAAGUGUCCGGAUACGACGCCCGAAUCAGACCCAAUUUCAAAGUGUUUGACAAAGACCCCAAAGGCACCAAAAUUGAGGCUACUGGCAAGAAAGGUCCUCCUGUAAACGUGACCUGUAACAUCUUCAUCAACAGCUUUGGCUCCAUUGCAGAGACCACCAUGGACUACCGGGUGAAUAUCUUCCUUCGUCAGCAGUGGAACGAUCCUCGUUUGGCCUACAGUGAGUAUCCUGAUGACUCCCUGGACUUGGAUCCCUCCAUGUUGGACUCCAUCUGGAAACCUGAUCUGUUCUUUGCCAAUGAGAAAGGAGCCAACUUCCACGAGGUGACCACCGACAACAAGCUUUUGCGCAUCUCCAAGAACGGGAAUGUGCUCUACAGUAUACGAAUCACCCUGGUGCUGGCCUGUCCCAUGGAUCUCAAGAACUUCCCCAUGGACGUGCAGACCUGCAUCAUGCAACUGGAAAGCUUCGGCUACACAAUGAAUGACCUGAUCUUCGAGUGGGACGAGAAAGGAGCAGUGCAGGUGGCUGAUGGACUUACUCUGCCCCAGUUCAUCCUGAAGGAGGAGAAAGAUCUGCGCUACUGCACCAAGCACUACAAUACAGGUAAAUUCACAUGUAUCGAGGCGCGGUUCCACCUGGAGCGUCAGAUGGGAUAUUACCUGAUCCAGAUGUACAUCCCAUCGCUACUCAUCGUCAUCUUGUCCUGGGUCUCCUUCUGGAUCAACAUGGACGCCGCUCCGGCUCGGGUCGGACUGGGAAUCACCACCGUGCUCACCAUGACAACACAGAGCUCAGGAUCUAGGGCCUCGCUACCCAAGGUGUCUUAUGUGAAGGCCAUUGACAUCUGGAUGGCCGUGUGUCUGCUCUUCGUCUUCUCAGCUCUGCUCGAAUAUGCCGCUGUCAAUUUCAUUGCUCGCCAACACAAAGAGCUGUUGCGCUUUAGGAGGAGACGAAGGCACAUGAAGGAGGACGAGACGGGCGAGGGUCGGUUUGGUUUCCAGGGUUACGGCAUGGGUCCUACAUGUCUGCAGCCCAAAGAUGGCAUGGCCAUCAAGGGCAGCAACAACAACAAUGCUCCACCCACGACCACCACCACCGCCCCUGAGAAGAGCAUUGAGGAGAUGAAGAAGCUCUUCAUCAGCAGAGCCAAGCGCAUCGACACCGUGUCCCGCGUAGCCUUCCCCCUCGUCUUCCUCAUUUUUAACAUUUUCUACUGGAUCAUUUACAAGAUCAUCCGCAGCGAGGACAUACACAAGCAGUAG